AUGCCCGCGGACACGUCUUCCAACGUCUGUUUCCCGCGCGGCCGCAGCGGACUGCCAGGGGUCUCUCUCGGGGCGGCGACACUACGGCUUCCCGCGGCGUCUCUCGGCGGCUCUUUCCCGGUCCGGGCGCCAGAGGCCGGCCUGCUCGCGGCGCCUCCAGGAAUGUCACCGCGGGCCCCCGAGGCUGACUCUCAAAGUUCUUGCACUCCCCUCCCCCGGCCCAGCCCCCACCCACGCGCACCGCCCCGCUCGGCGACCGCCUCCGGCCAGGAGGCUUCUGGAAAACGGCGCCCGGGUUCCCAGGGGCCGGAAGGAGGGCCAGAGAAGAGGGGGAAGGGGUUAGGAUUUCCUGACAACGAACCUCUGGAGGCCGGGAGGAGGGAGAUUUCUGUUCGCUUUUGGAAAAUUAAGACCACCUCUGGGCACAGCUGUGAAGCAGAGGAAGGAAAGAUAAGGAAAGAAGAAAGAACACAGAUUGAGAGGACUUGCCAAGUGCCAGGAUUUUGCUGAUCAAGAUCAGGAGGAUGUCCAGAGA